UGUGCUGCAGAAGCUGCGGUACCUGUUGGCUCAGACUGCCAGAGGACCCACCAUGGAUCCUUCAUUCCUACUGGCCUUUCUUUUGCUCCUGGCCCUAUCAACACCUUGCAGUGCUUGUAAUUGUAAAAUUCAGCACCCUCAGACAUAUUACUGCACAUCGGACGUUGUCAUACUAGCUGAUAUACUAGGACCAGGAAAGAACACCAGGACAAAACGAGGUUUCAGAGUGAAUGUCACUAAGGUACUCAAGGCUCCCUGGGGCACCCCAAGAAUCCAUGAGAUCUACACACCCAUCAAUUGGGUGGACUGUGGUUAUGGUUUGAGAACCCGCCAGCAAUCACUGUUACUUAUUGCAGGCUUUCUGAGGUCAGGGACAGUGUUCUUCACAAGAUGCCAUCUGGUCUAUUUCUGGUACCGGCUCACCAGAGAGCAGAAGCUGGGUUUCGAGGCAGCGUACAGAGCAGGAUGCGAAUGUGAAAUUCAGCCCUGUCUCAUCUGCCGGCGUGACUGUCCUCAACCUGACUUCAGAGAGUGUGUGUGGAAACAGAAGGACUGUGACUACAAAAUAUGGGAAGGAAACCAUUCCCAGUACUCCAUGUGUGUCCCCUCCAUGACUGGGAAUUGCGAAUGGACCGCUAUCCAGAAGAACUAUCAAUACCAAACCCCAACUCCAGUGGCUUCUCUACUCACUCAGCAAAAUGACAUAGUAGGGUUUUAG